CUUUGCUGAAGGCGCAACAAAGCAGAUCCUUGACCCCCAGGCCUACAGGCCUCUCACAGAUUGGCAAGCUUCGCCCCCUGCUCCUUUUCCCUUAGGCUUUAUCACCAAGCACCUUUUCCCACACAGCCAUCCAGACUAAGGAAGACCCGGAAACUUAGGGGCCACGUGAGCCACGGCCACGGCCGCAUCGCUUUGUGUUCCUGCAGGCAAACACCGGAAGCACCCGGGAGGCCGCGGUAAUGCUGGUGGCAUGCAUCAUCACAGGAUCAACUUCGACAAAUAUCACCCAGGAUACUUUGGGAAAGUUGGUAUGAGGCAUUACCACUUAAAGAGGAACCAGAGCUUCUGCCCAACUGUCAACCUUGAUAAAUUGUGGACCUUGGUCAGUGAGCAGACACGGGUAAAUGCUGCCAAGAACAAGACUGGAGCUGCUCCUAUCAUUGAUGUGGUGCGAUCGGGUUACUACAAAGUUCUGGGGAAGGGAAAGCUCCCAAAGCAGCCUGUCAUCGUGAAGGCCAAAUUCUUCAGCAGAAGAGCUGAGGAGAAGAUUAAGGGUGUCGGUGGGGCUUGUGUCCUGGUAGCUUGAAGCCACAUGGUGGGAGAUUUAUUAAAUGAUAACAAGUGCUUUUC